AUGUCGAUCUUGAUGGAUCUCAGCCCAAUGGCGCGCAACGCAGCGCCAGAUCAGGAGAAAAUCCUUGCCGUUGGGGCGUCGGAGGAUCAGGCCGAAGUUGAUGGUCGUGGCACCAUUGGUGGGCGAUACCGUGCACCGGCACAGUACAUAUACAAUCUGCUUCAAGCCGAUGCGGUGGUUGGCGUAUGGGCGAAAAGAUUCAUCCUUGCUCAGGAUCGUGGAUCUCGCAAGAGCUCCAAGACGCCAGGGAACAAUCUCUGCUCUUGUCUUCUUGGCAUCAACAAUGAUGAAAACGAGACUUCAGGCAGCCUAAGGCUGCUUUGCGUAUAUUCGAGGAUGUCAGCUCUCCGCUGA